CCUGAAGUGGUGACAGGUCAACCAUGUGGCCCCAAAGUGGACAUAUGGUCUUUGGGAAUCGUGGGCAUCGAAAUGGUGGAACAAGAAGUUCCUUCCUGGAAUGCAACUCCUGUCUUGCCCCAACUCCUGAUAGCCACAGGAGGAAGACAAAAGCUGAAGCAGCCCAACCUAUUUUCAUCCUGCCUGCGUGACUUCCUGAGCUGCUGCCUGCAGAGAGACGAGGCACGGCGCUGGUCUGCCAAGGAGCUCCUGCAGCAUCCAUUUGUAACAUUUGCUGAGCCUGCGUCCAGCCUGGUGCCGCUGAUUGUUUCAGUGAAGAAGAGGAGGGAGACAAGAACGUGACAAUCACAUCAGGACCAUUUAUUCCUCAACCAGUUUAGAGUAGGAUUGUAGGUUAGGACUAGGAUUAGGAUUAGAAUUAGGAUUAGAUUUAGGAUUAGG